AUGCCGCCUAACGAGUCGAAGCCCACGCCCAAGAUUGCCGCAACUGCCGCCGCCGCGCCCAAGCUCACCAGCACCACCGGCACCGCGGCGGCACCCAAGGCCAGCCGAUCGUCAUCCGCGUCACCGUGCCUCUUCUCCAUGCGGGGCGGCGAGCUCACCGACGGUGUCGCUGGCGACGUCGGCAAGGCCGCCGCCCUCCUCACGGGCGUGCCGAGGAACGUCACGCUCACCCCGUUCGCCGGGGCCUUCCACCCCACCACCAAGGCGUCAGAAGCGCCGCGGGAGCUGGUAAGGUAG